UUCUCCCUUGAGAUGUGGCUAGAGCCUGCAGGUUGCUGUCUGUAAGAAGCCUCAGCCUGAUUUAAAGAUCCUGUCUCAUCUUCAGGCGCACACAUUCAAUGAAGAAAACAAGUUCAGCAAAGCAGACUUAGCCUGCCGCAGGCAGAGAAACAAAUUUCACCUCACCGUGAGAAGCUGGGUUUGCAGGUGAGUGCUACCCACCUUGUUCUUGGGUGAAGCUUGAAUCUGGACUUUAGAAUAUAAAUCACAUCUAGGGGUACUGUGACAACUAGUGCCUUAGAGAGAGCAACUGUCCUCUAUCCUGUACAUAUUCUGUGCUGUAGCCCUAAGGUUAUCUGUGGUACCUGGAAGACACCUGCUGUACUGUCUCCAACGCAUGAGGAAGAUGGACAGAAACAUGGUGAGGGGACCUCUGUAUAAGCAGUUCGACUUGGAGAGAAAGAGUACCAGGCAAGCUGAAGCCAGACUCAGCCUUAGACUGCAAAGGCUGGAGGUCAUCUGUCUCUAUCACAUGAAAUCACUCGCCAGGGAGCAGAGGCAGCUUCAGAAGGAACUGCAGCGCCUGCAGCAAGAUAUCAUCAAGAAAAGGUUCUCUUCUUAUGUGGGGCAUGAACCUCAAAAGAGAUCAAAAGAUGUUGUCACCUUCUCGCCACAAAUGGGACAGAGGCAUGCAGUCCCAGAGCCUAACAUUAGAGUACUGAAAAACAAUAUUACUCAAGAAGUUAAAACAAAGAUUCGGGAGCCCGCUUUACACGACCCUGCCCUCAGAGAUGCCCGGAGAAGCCAAGAGCGUCUUCCAUCUCAAGGUGAGAGAACCAACUGCCGCAAAGAAGGGAACUCACAAGGCCAGGAGGGAGAGCCCACGAAUCCCCUGAAGGGCAUGGACUCCAGCAAGGCUGUCUCUGUCCCAUGUCACGACCAAGAUCUGUCCACCAAGACAGAAAACAGCCAUGUGUCCAGCCCAGAUGGUGAGCUAGGAUCAGCAUUUGCUGAUGAGACCCAAUCCGAGAAUGCCAAUCAAAAGCCACAAGGAGAUGCUGAAGUGCAAAUUCCCCCGAGCUCCACGGACGACACAGGAAGCUUCAAAGGUGAAUGCGCAAAACCAACCUUCCUAGAGUUGUUCGAAAAGGCCAAGAAGGCCCACUAUCUCCGCCACAGGGUGCCCCCCGAGUCGGAGAGAUUACUUAGCAUUGGGGAGAUAUUUGGACACGGAGAUUACUCUCUACCCAGAGCAGGGGAAACGCUGUGAGAACGGCACCAAGUCCCUUCCUCUCUGGCUGUGUAAUGUCGCCUGACCAGAAGAUAUUCUGUAAUCACUAUGGAAAUGUGACCCUUCACAUAGCGGCCAUAGCAAUGCACAGAAAUAAACAGAAAUGAGUGACAAACUUUCUUUCGCAACCUCAGGGCCCCCUGCCCUUUUAUAUGGUCUCUUUCUUAAUAAACAAAGCUACUAUGAAAAGGAACGAGAGGGAAAAUGUUAGAAAAAUAUUUUAAGGUGCAAACCUAGGCUUAUUUUGAAAGAGAAGACAGUCUUGUUCGUCUGAAGGUCUGUCCUGUGUAGGAGAUGCUUAUGGGGCCACCUGCUGGCCAAACGGCAGAGCUAGUUGCCUAGGUUUCCUUUCUUCAGGGGUUUUCAUGGGAACCCAACUGAA